AUGUGCAGUGCGCUGGUAAUUUUAUUAUUGCUGUGGAAACAUGAUUUCGUAGAAAGCCUUCGUAUUUUGGAACUCAGAGUGCCCGGACACGUGGAAGAAGGAGGCCAAGCUCUUUUAGGAUGUCAAUUUGAUUUAGAAGAUGAUCGUCUAUAUUCAGUGAAUUGGUACAAAGAUGACCAAGAAUUUUAUCGCUUCGUGCCCACAAAUAGCGAACCGACGAGCUACUUUCCUGUGCCUGGCGUUAUUGUCAAUAUGGCGCGAUCAUCAAGCACGGUAGUCGCUCUAGAACACCUUACAAAGGACUCAGGUGGGCGCUAUCGUUGUGAAGUAUCGGGAGAAGCGCCCUACUUCGUUACUGUGUUCGACGUAAAAGAUGUAAAAGUAUAUCUGUUGCCCAAUAAUGUGCCACGAAUGACUGAAAUCAAAAACGAGUAUGAAAUAGGGGAUACUUUGAAAGUUAAUUGUACAUCAUCAAGAUCACGGCCAAGAGCACAAGUAAAGUGGCUAGUAAAUAAUCAGUCAGCACCAGAGAGUUAUUUGCGAGGUCCCUGGGAGUGGAAGUCGAGAGAACGGCCUGAUGCGCGCGUCACAACUGUAGAACUUAACUUUAUUCUGAUGCCUUACCACUUUCACGAAGGCGUAUUGACUAUUGAAUGUCAAGUUACCCUCGCCCCAUUAUACCAUGAUAAAAUAGUUCGUCACAUCUUAAGAAUUGAACCUGCACCAGUGGACGAAGCAUCGGACGCAAUUCAACAAAUUUAUGAAGCUUCUGUGUUUAGUGAAAGCCAUGGUCAAACACCAGAAGCCGAAUCGCAAAACAACGAUUAUUUUAGAGAAAACUCAGCCGGGUUCAAGGUUACUGCGUGGGUAAUUUUGCCGUCAAUCGUCUUAGUACAAUUAUUUUUU